UGCCAGAGUCGUCCAAUCACAAAAGCGUGUGACGGUCCGCGGUCUCCUGCUCAGAUGUUGCGUCCGCUCAGCGCUGGUUAGUCGGUCCAGAUGUCGGAGGACCAGCGGCUCCAGAGGGCCGAAGCCUCCCGGCGGGGGGAGGACGGUCUGGAGGGGGGGGGGGAGGGCAACACGGAGCCCAGCAUGCUGCUGCAGAAGCUCAAGAGCAACAUCUCCAAAAGUGUUCAGACCAAAGUGGACCAGAUUCUGCAAGAUGUUCAGCGUUUCUCUGACAACGACAAGCUGUUCCUGUACCUCCAGCUGCCCUCUGGACCCAGCUCUGGAGACAAGAGUGGUGGAGACUCCAGCUCCUUCAACACAGCCGACCAGCUCCACACCUGUAACUGGAUCCGGAGUCACCUGGAGGAGCACUCGGACACCUGUCUGCCCAAACAGGACGUCUACGAGACGUACAAGAGAUACUGUGAGAACCUGCAGCAUCGUCCUCUGAGCGCCGCCAACUUCGGGAAGAUCAUCAGAGACAUUUUCCCAAACAUCAAGGCCAGACGGCUUGGAGGCAGAGGACAGUCCAAGUACUGUUACAGCGGCAUCAGGAGGAAGACGGUUCUCAACAUGCCUCUGCUGCCCAACCUGGACCUGAAGAACGACCCGGCGGAGCUGACCGAGCUGGUCCAGACGUACAAACAGGAAGUGACGGAGGCGGCGUGCGAGCUGAUCUGCGACUGGGCUCAGAAGAUCCUGAAGCGCUCGUUCGACACGGUGGUGGAGAUCGCCCGCUACCUGAUCCAGGAACACAUCGUCAACCCGCGCUGCAGCCAGGCCGAGCUGGUCACCUCCGCUUCGUCUGCAGGAGGUCCAGCCAAACCUCACAAGGUCAUCAAGAAAACCCCCGUCAUCUCUAAAGCCGAGAGCGACGGAGCUUCUGACCACAAGAAGGAACUCGGAGACUCUUCGUCCUCGUCUUCACUGAAGUCGCCGUCUGGAGACAAAUCAGCUGCAGCGGCAAAGCCUUCCUCCCUGGAGGCUCCGCCCCCCUCCUCCUCCUCCUCGGCCGUGGAGGCCUUCAUGAAGCAGUUACCCAGAAUCCUCCCUCGGAGCUCCAUCCCCGAUAAGACCCAGCUCUCCGUCCGCUCCUCUCCGCCCUCGCUGGCCCCCAAAGACUCCUCCGGGGUCGGGGGGGCGGCCGGACCCGGAGGCCCGGCCAACACCGCCACCACAGCCAGCGGGGGCGGGGUUAAGGUCAUCGCCAUGACGACGUUGCCCCAGCCGCAGGGAGGGUCCUUCCCGGUGAUGAUCCUGCCUCAGGGCUGUCUGUCCUACGAGCGGGAGCAGGUCGCCCCGCCUCCUCCUCCUCUUCCUCCUCCUCCUCUUCCUCCUCCUCCUCCUCCUCAGCAGCACGCCGCUGCAGCUCCCACCUCGGUGCUGCAGAAACCACGAGGGAACGCCAACAAGCGCCCCCUGGAGGCCGUGGCGUCCGGCAGCGGCGCUGUGGGAGCGUCUGCUGCUCCUCCGGUGAAACGGAAACGUGGCCGACCGAGGAAACCCCGUCCUGAGGACGCCCCCUCCUCCCCCCCCGCCGCUCUGUCUCCCAAGCCCCCCCCACCCACCCAUCAUCACCUCCCUGAGCGGGGCGUCAUCCAGAAAGCCUCCUCCUCCUCCUCCUCCUCCUCCUCCUCCUCGCAGCCGCUGCUGGAGCUGGUGAUCCAGGACCAGCAGGGGCUGGUUCUGAGUCAGCUGCCGGCGGUGACGGAUCCAAGUCACCGGCUGAUGGAGCACCGCGGCGUGGUGGUGCAGUGUCAGACGGGCGCCGCCGUGGAACCGGACCGCCACGCCCGGCAGCUGCUGCUCUUCCAGAGUCUGUCGGGACGCACCCCGAUGGUGGAGGUCAUCCAGAAGGCCCCGAGGCCGAGCAACAACAACUCCACUCCCACUGCAGCACACCUCCACCCCCCUCCUCCUCCUCCUCCUCCUCCUCUUCCUCCUCUUCCUCCUCCUCCUCUUUCUCUUCCUCUCCCCACGCUGCACGAGGAGCGGGGGGAGGUGGAGAUAACGUUGACGCCGGUGGAGCUGCACGUCAGCCCGUCCACUUCUUCCUCCUCUGUUGCUGCUCCUGCCUCCUCUUCCUCCAUCUGCUCCAUCACGGUGGUGCAGAGUGAGGAGGAGGAGGCAGAGAGCAGCACCUCCUCAAAGACAGAGGCGCACUAGCUCUCAUCGCUCUUCCUCCUCCUCCUCUUUUUUAUUCUGGAUCAGCCCUCACCUACGAGACAAGCCCCGCCCCCCUUACCUCUCCUCUUCCUUAUUGGUGGAAAUCCCAGAUUGGCGGCAGCAGAGAGCCAAUCAGGAGGAUACAUGAAGCCAAACCCUCCUCGCUGCUCCUUCCAUCAUUGCACUUGUGAACAGAGCGACUCUUUAACUGCAUGUCCGUCCGUGUGGCGACUGAAAGCCAGAAGAACGACUCCUCAGGGGGCCGGGCCUCAAACCUUCCUCUCUUCCCUCCUCGUAUCCUCGCCUCCUUGUAUCCUCGCCUCUGUGCUGAGGUUUUGGUCGUCUGCUUCAGAUCAGUUGAUUUAAAGGAGAAUAAAAAAAAAACAGAUAAAAGAACAGAGUGAUACAAAGGAAGGAGGGAAGGAGACAAGUAAACAGGAUUGAAUCAGCCUGCAGUGGGUGAAUACAGAAGGUACUACGGGUCAGAGCCUUGUGAAGGUUCUUUGUGCUAAAUAUGAAAAAAUGACCUCUUUAACGGAGCUCCGCCUCGAUUCACCUUCACUUCAGGGAGUGAAACGUAGAGAAAAAAAGAUUUACGGACGCUGAGCUGCAGAUUUCUAAAAUAUUUUCAACUGUAGUUUAACAAAAAAAUAUGUUUUCAAGCCUGUAAAACUGGACGGAGUCUUGAAGAUGAAGUCCUGGACUGAAUGUGGAUCGAAGCUCUGCUCUCGUCUUCAGAGAGUUCCUCUGUUCUAAACAGUUUGUUGUGUUCGUGUUGCUUUAGUAGAUAUUUCUGAUCGUGUGUGUGUGUGUGAGACAAACACCAAGGCUCAUUAACUUACCCAUCGCCCAAAAAAGAUGUAAAUUUAGCCACAUUAAUUAAUUUAUUCAUCCCGGGUCGUCGAGGCUCAACAUCAGAGAGUCGAUCAUUUGGAGCUUUUUGAUGAAAAACUGAUCGAAAACACGUUUGAAGUCGGCUGUUUGUAGUUUAAAGGCCCUAUUUUCUCGUAAUCUUCAGUCAUUUUAUAUAUUUAUAUUUUAGUGCAGACGCAAAGUUUAACGUACCAAACGUUUAGGUUCCCACUUUUCAAAACAAUUUAUUCUGAUUAACGUGACGUCGUCGGCCAAAGAUGGAAGUUAAAGGACGAGAAAAAUGCAAAACAAAUUUACAUCUGCAAAUUCAACGUUUGAGUGGUACCAAAUGUUUUCUAUAAAAACCCUCAUCUCUUACUGUGAUACUGUGAUAUGUAACACACUUCCUGAAGGAUUUAUUAAAUGAAUGGACCGACAAAGAAACCAGAAGGACAUGUUUGUUCUAAAAUCCUAAAAUUCCCCCAAAAAUCUCUGAUGAUUUAAAGAUCUUCAUCAUGAAACCGUCCGACCCAAACUGUCCAAAUAUAAGCAGCCGCACAACAACUUUAUGAGAAUGAAAUGAAACUGGACGGAGUGUAAAUGAAAUGAGGAAACAAAGCACACGUCAAAAACAACGACCACAGACAGACCCCACGGUGUUUUUAAGAUUUGUCAUUUGAGAGUAAAAAAACAAACGCACGUGUCCGACUUUUCCCGCUUUAUUCGCCUCCGGGAACUCAAAUGACGCUAAAGGAACGAGGAUUUGUGGCGUCCGAUUGCAGCGUUCGAGGUUCAAACCCCCGAGGACUCCGGCACAAAGAGCAAAGCACAAAGUUACGACCUCGUAACGCUAAAGACACGAUGUAUGAACGAGGGUAAUGUGCAGGAAGUUAGCUUCUGUAGCACUGAGCCGCCAUGAUUAUCCUGCUAGCUUAGCUUAGCUUAGCUGUCGUUGUAUGUUGCCAUGCACCCUUUGCACUAACUCUUCAACCACCUCGUCCAGAGCAGCAACGUGACGUUACCGCGUCGGAAAUCUGACCUUUUUCUUUUUCCCGCCAAGGGGACGUGACGCUUCAUGUUUUAAUUGUUUUAACAGAAAUGGGAAAAGAAAUGUUAAUAAACCCACAAAGAUAGAUAAUGUAAUGUGUUAAUACGGUUCUCUUUACAGAGAAACAUUCAGCUUAAAGGAACCUUUAUGUAGAACUGUGAUCUAUGAUUCAUUAUAAAAACAUUCAAAGUUACAGGAAACAACAAACCAGUAAAAAAGAUUUGAUUUGUGUCCUCAUAAAAUAUAAGUUAAUGUCAUUUGAAAAAAAGCUGCUUGUAUGAUUUGUGUUGAAAUAUUUGCUGUUUAUUAACAAAUCCAAACUUGAGGAUGUUUUGUUCCUCCUCUUCUUCUUCGUUGGUGGAGGAGUUCCUCCCUCCGUCGUCAUGGUAACGUCACCUUGCUGACAUUUGUUCUUCACCUUUUUGCCAAACCGCCUCUCGCCGUGUGAGGGCGUCGUCUUCUUCUUCGUUGGUGCUAUAAACCGCGGGGCCGCCUGCCCUCGCCGUUCUCCAUCCUGUGAUCACAGAUUUGUACAAAAAGAAAAAUGUUUGCGUCGACGCUCACACGUGAAUGUGUGAAUACAGGUGUGUGUGUGUGUGUGUGUGUGUGUGUGUGUGUGUGUGUGUGUGUGUGUGUGUGUGUGUGUGUGUGUGUGUGUGCGUGCGUGCGUGCGUGCGACUAAAGGGACGCCGAAAAGAUUUCUGACUGUUAAAAACGAUACCUGUUGCAUGAUGGGAAAGUGAGUUCAAGCACUUGUUGUUUACCAUGAAGUGAGUGCAGCCUAGCUCACAGCACUACACAUGGUGGAUGAUUAAAGGAGCACUAACGAUACUAACAUGUCAUUUUUUAUCACUAAAGUGAAGUGCCAACAUGUGGAAAAACAUCUGGAGCCUCCGAACUUUUUCAGACGGAGCUGAAACAAAUGAAAAGUUGCACUGUUUAAAGUUAAAAACAAGAGAAAGAACCCGUGUGUUAUGAAUUUAUUGUUAUAUGCAUUGAGAAAACACAUUUUGUCUGUAACUCUCUGCUUGCACUUGUUCUGAGCGGCGUCAGAUUUAUAUUCAACAGGUCAGAAUGUUUGAAUUGUUCAGCCGAGGGUUUAAGGAGAGCAACGCUCUUUUAAAAGUUGCAGUAACUCGAAGAGAUUAAACUAAACGAGACGUUUAAAGCAACAUUUCACUUGAUGGGCGAAAGCAACAGGAAGCACUUCUGUAGAAGGCCUCAGAUGAACGAGUUCACAUGACGGGGACUCUAGUCAUGACUCUGACUUCAGCUGGACUUGAUUUCUCUUGAUGGGGGACUCGGGUCUUUACUUGGGACUAGUUUUUCAUUUGGGACUUGUUGCUCUUGACUCAUCUUUAAUUGGGACUUGUUGAUUUUAACUUGGGUCUUGACUUCUUACUUGUACUUGACUUGAGACUUGUUGGUUUUGACUCGAGUCUCCACUUGGAACUUGUACCCGAUGUGGUACUUGUUGGUCUAGACUUGGGACUUGACUUGGUACCUGGUGGCCUUGAGUUGGGAGUUGGUAAAUGACUUGUUCUUGACUUGGAAAUGUACUUUUUUAUUAAUUCCAACAUUGGAAAGGUGGUCUUAUGGAAUAAACGACGAGAACUUUCUUUGAACUUGACUCAGGACUUGGUCUUACCUUGGAACUAGAUGGACUAGACUCUGGACAUGUUCUUUACUUUGGGCUUGUUUUUGACUUGGUACUUGUUGGUGUUGACUUGGGACUUGGGUAAAGUACUUGCUCUUGAUUUGGGAGUUGACUUUAUUAUUAAUUCCAACAUUGGAAAGGUGUUCUUCGGUACAUUUACAGUAAACGACAAGCACUUCGUUUGAACUUGACGCUGAAUCUUGAGUCAUUGGUUUUGACGUUGGACUUGUUGCUUGUGAUUCAGGUCUUAACUUAGGUCUUGCGGUUUUGACUUGUGACUUGUACUUGACAGGGGACUUGUUGAUCUUGAUUUGGGUUUCUACUUGGGACUAGUUCUUGACCUGGGACUUGCUGGUAUUGAUUCAGUUCUUGACCUGGGACUUGCUGGUAUUGAUUCAGUUCUUGACCUGGGACUUGCUGACCUUGAUGAGCCAACAUCCUUCAGUAUGACGCAUACCGAGACGUUACCGCUGCACGGUCAAAGACAUGAGAGCAACUGUUCAGGUUGUCCAACAAGUUGCCCGGUCCUCAGCAGUCCUAAGUUGCCGUGAGGUUUAACGUUACAGGAAACUAAGAUCAGAUGUUUUUCAGCCCGACAUCAAAGUGAAGUGAAGCUUUCAGCGUCUCAGUUGAUCCAGAAGGUUCCUACUGCAGGACCUGUGGGCCAAACUGUGAAUAUGAAGGUUUAGAAACGACGAGGGGGAGAUCUAAAAUGAGCUUAAUUUACGGUUCAGUGGGAGUCAGUGAUUGGAGGAACCAUUUUGAACCAGUUUGGGCCACUUAACUGGGCCAACUGGACCUGCUCUGAAUCCUGUGGUUGAAAGUUUGGAAAUUAGACUUCAAGUCUUUCUCUUCCAAGAAUGCUUAAAGGAGAGUCUUUAAACGCAUGAAUUCCUGGUUUGGCCCAGUUUUGCUCUUUAACUGGGGGAACUGGGCUACCUGGACCUAAACCUGGACCUAAACCUGGACCGUGUUGAUGUUCAAAGGAACCUGAAAGAUGAGCCGCUCUGUGGGAAGUCAGUAAUCGGCUCUGGAAGUUCAGCCGUGAAAGUUUAGUUCUAAAAUUAGUUUGAGAUUAGAGGAAGUCCAACACGCCCCAGUUUGGUCAAACUGGAAUCUGUGUUAGAAGAAGCCUGGAAAUUCUGCAGCAAUCUGGAAGGAAAAAUCCCAGUUUGGCCCACUUACUGGUCGGACUGGGCUAACUGCAGAAUCUGUAGAAAAGAAGAAGAGGUCCAGUUGUUUAACAAAGUCCAGAUACAAGAGUUCUAGAAAUGGUUUAGAUCCAGUCAGUAAAGGCAGGAAAAGUCCAGUGUGGUCCAGUGUGGUCCAGCCGGGUCCUGCAUGAGGAACCCGGGUUGGAAGGUGGAGGCGGUCGGAGGAAUCUUUCACUGUGGAGCCGCGUUGCUCAAAAAAAACAAAAACCAGAAACGGGUCAGAUAAUCAAAGAUUAAAGGAUCGGGAUUCGGGUAGCGGUGCGUUGACCUAAAGGAUCAGACUCGAUGACACGGCGUUCUCUGAUGUCACUUCCUGGUCUGGGUCUGUCGAUGGCGCUUAAAGCUGCUACAUGCGUCACUUUGAACUCAGUGAUUUAUUUGUUUGAUCUCAGUUCAUGAUGGAGCUACAUUGAGAGCAGCUCUAAAGAUGGAACCGGUUUCAUUCUCCGCCUGUAGACCUCCUGUAGACCAAAGAGAGUACACAGGAAGUUCACCUACAGAGUUGUGAUACGUUUAAUGCUGCGUUCACACCAAACGCAAAGCAACAAUCAAACCAGACUCCAUUCACAAAACAAGCAUUUUAAAAGUCGCUUGCUUUUCGUUUUGAGGAGAAAACUAACAAAACAUGAAUUCAGACAUUUUACAAAUCUGCAGAUAUAUAUUCUGUAGAUAUUCCGGCAUCCCUUUAGUCCCUUUAAUGCAAUUAAAUCACAACUAAAUGUUUGAAUGUAAGUUAUGCAAUGCAAAGAAAUGAGCUUCCUGAUUGGUGUGAACACAGAACACGACGUGUUGAUUUAUUCUAGAAGACGUCUCUUCUGUCCUGAAGCUCUCAGACGUUUUAACCUCCGUCGAGUCACUGAGACAGUCGUCACGGUAAUCAGGGGUUUUUAUUGUUUUUGUUUUCAAAGUAACACAAAGAAAAACUUGAGACACUUAAAUAAAGUUAAUUGAAAUGAGCUGGUGAAGUCUGACGAGCUGUCUGAAGGUCGAACCGAGACGUUCGUUCCACCGAGCUGAUCCUGGUCAAGCACUGCAGUUAUUGUGAUGAUGGUGAUGAUGAUGAUGAUGGUGGUGAUGAUGAUGAUGAUGAUGGUUAACUCCCAGUCUAAACUGAAAGUAGCCCUGUUUCCUGUCAGAGACCAGUUCAGAAAAACCCUGAAUUCAGUCGAUUAAAUUCUCCUAUUCAAACUGAUUGGAAGCCGUCAGAGCUCAUGAACUCUGGGUAAUGAAGUCCUCGGCGCUGACUGGGAUUCUGACAUCAAACAGCAACAUUUAGAGCUUCAUGCUGCCAUUUUCUGUUUCCUCUGCAAAGAGAAGAAUCACAAUCAAGUUGUUUUCACUGAAUCCUGUUGUUGAUUUCUCCUUUUUGUCCUCGUUGAUGUUUGUCUUUCUUACAGUUGUACAGCUUGUUGAUGUGCAGAUUUUAUUAUUAUUAUUAUUAUUACUGUUGCUACGGAGAUCUUUUAAAAGUAUCUUUGCUUUGUGGAAGACGUGUCGGCUUCCUGCAUGUUUUUUUUCCUGUGACUGUUUUGUCUGUUUUUGUAUAUUAUUAACUUUAAACGUUUCUUUUUCUUUCCCUGUAAUCAGCUGGCGUUUUUGUGUUUUUUGCACUUUACUCCUUUGAAUUAAGUAGGGGGGGGGACAUCAGCUCAAAACAUUAAAGGGACAGUGUGUAACAUGUAAGUGGGUUUACUGGAAGAUGUUCAUGUUAUAAUCAGUGUCUAAUCACCUCAAUCUAAGGACCGUAGGGUUUUUGUUUGUUUUGUUUGAUAAGAAAAAUAAAUUUCGUCUUCCACAGAGUCGGCCAUCUUGAAGGUAGCGUUCCAAAACCCGGUAUUAAAUGGGCUGAGUGCUAACGAUGUGGUGAAGUGAAGGACACUCGAGUUGACGGUUUGUUACUGUACGUGCAAUAAAACAUUCAGGAGUAAAACACAAAAACUUUAUUGAUACAUCUGUGAACACGUAAACGAAAGUGAAACCUAAUUUAAUCAGCCACAGCUUCACGUUUACGCAAGAAACAUGAUCGGACGAAAGACCUUUUUAGUAAACUCCUCUGCCGACUGAGACAAAGCAGCAAGUAGGGAGCAGGAAAGAAGACAGGAGGACAGAGGACAGAAGGAGGAGGACAGGAGGACAGAGGGAGGAAUGACUGAUACUGACAGACGUCUGUGUUCUUCAUUCUUUAUUCUCUAUAAACAUAUUUAGAUAUAUUUUAAAUAUAAAUUCAAUCUGAAUGUCAUUGUUUUUAAAAUCGUAUAAAUCUUUUUAAAAACAAUCCUUCAGUCAUGUAGAAGAACCGAUUAUUGGCGAGAGGAGCUCCGAGUUAAACUCUAAACACUAAACUGUCCCUGUAGGCCACCGUAGUUCUCUACGCUCAGAAAGGGGAGGGGCUUAGCUGAGGGGGCUUCAGUUGGUUGCAAUCUGCCCCUUCACCACUAGAUGUCACUAAAUCCUACACACUGUCCCUUUAACUCGCCACACUAAUCAGUGAAACGCACCUUUACCUUUGGGAGGGUUCUGCUCCGCCCCGUUUGUUUUCAUGGAGCCUGUUUUGUUUCCCUGUUUGUUUGUUUGUUUGUUUGUUUGUUUGU